UCUGACUAGCCGAUGACGUCACGCAGGAAAGUCCUGCAUACAGUCGCUGUCGGAGUUUGUCGGGCACAAAAGAAAAAGAAACGACAACAAAAGAAAAAGAAAAGGACCAAACGUGUCGGCCUUGUUCACGCGGCUCAUGUAGGACGAGACGACGAAGACGUUGCGGCGGUAGUAGCACCACGAUGGAGAAGCCUCCGUUCCGACACAGCCACAACUGCGGCGACUGGGAGCUGAAGGAGCGGCUGGGCAUGGGGGGCUUUGCCCACGUUUAUCUCUACCAGCAUCAGGUGAGCGGUGAGAAGCUGGCGGUGAAGAUGUGCCGACUGGAGCUGACGCCCAGGAACAAGGACCGCUGGAGCCGAGAGAUCCAGAUCAUGAAGAAGUUGAACCACAUCAACGUGGUGACGGCGCGGGACGUCCCGCGAGAAAUCGGCUCCAUCGCCUUGAACGACCUGCCGCUGCUCGCCAUGGAGUUCUGCUCGCACGGCGACCUCAGGAAGGUUCUCAGUAGGCCGGAGAACUGCUGCGGUCUGAAGGAGAGCGACGUUCUGGCCUUGCUCAACGAUGUGGGUUCUGGUAUCCAGUACCUGCACGAGAACAAGAUCAUUCACCGCGACUUGAAGCCAGAGAACAUCGUGCUGCAGGAAGUCAACGGGAAGCUGGUGCACAAGAUCAUCGACCUGGGCUACGCCAAAGACCUGGACCAGGGCAGUCUGUGUACGUCCUUCGUGGGCACGCUGCAGUACCUGGCGCCCGAGCUGUUUGAGAACAAAGCGUACACGGUGAGCGUGGACUACUGGAGCUUCGGGACCAUGAUCUUCGAGUGCAGUUGCGGCUUCAGGCCCUUCCUGCACAACCUGCAGCCUGUGCAGUGGGCCAGCAAGGUGCGCAACAAAGGUCCAAAAGACAUCAUGGCGGUGGAGGAGGCCAACGGAGAAGUGCGCUUCUCCACGCAUCUUCCGUACCCCAACAAUCUGAGCAGGACGCUGCUGGAGCCCAUGGAGGCGCUGUUGCAGCUCAUGCUGAAAUGGGACCCGGUCCACAGAGGAGGCGGCGUCCACCCUGACAGCAGGAAGCCGCUCUGCUUCGAUCUCCUGGAUCAGAUUCUGAGCAUGAAGGCGGUCCACAUCCUCAACAUGACCACGGCCCAGGUGCACUCCUUCCAGCUGGCGCCGGACGAGUCUCUGCACGCCCUGCAGAAACGAGUGGAGACGGAGAGCGGCAUCCACGUGGUCCACCAGGAGCUGCUGCAGGAGACCGGCGUGUCCCUGGACCCCCGCAAGCCGGCGGCGCAGUGCGUCCUGGACGGCGUGCGAGGCUGGGACGCUUACAUCGUGUACUUGUUUGACAAGAGCGCCACCGAGUACUCGGGACCGUUCAGCGCCAGGCAGCUGCCCGACAAAGUCAACACCAUCGUCCAGGAGGCCCGGACCCCGCUCCCGCUGGGCGUUCUGAAGAAGGUUUGGGCGGAGGCGCUGAGCUACAUCUGCGGCCUGAAGGACGACUACAGUCGCCUCUUUCAGGGUCAGCGCGCCGCCAUGCUGAGUCUCCUCCGCUACAACACCAACCUGACGCGGUGUAAAAACAGCAUGUUCGGAUUCUCGCAGCAGCUGAAAGCCAAGCUGGACUUCUUCCGCAGCAGCAUCCAGUACGACUUGGAAAAGUACAGCGACCAGAUGCACUACGGCAUCUCGUCGGAGAAGAUGCUGAAGGCCUGGCAGGAGAACGAGGAGAGAGCGGCGGCCUUCGCUCAGGUGGCGGAGGUGAGCCACCUGGACGACGAGAUCAUGGCGCUGCACUCGGAGAUCGUGGAGCUGCAGCGGAGUCCGUACGCGCGGCGCCAAGGCGACAAGAUGGAGCAGCUGGAGGAGCGAGCCAUGGAGCUCUACAAACAGCUCAAGCUAAAAUGCAAAGUUCCAGAGGCGGACUUGAGCAGCGACAGUUCGGAGAUGGUGAAGGCCAUCAUCCAGACUGUGCAGAACCAGGACAAAGUCCUCAAAGACCUCUACACGCACCUCAGUAAGAUCCUGAGCAGCAAACAGAAAAUCAUCGAGCUGUUCCCGCGGAUCGAGAAGACGUUGGAGAGCAUCAAGGAGGCGGACAACACCGUCAUGCAGAUGCAGAUCAAGCGGCAGCGCGAGUUCUGGCACCUUCUCAAGAUCGCAUGUGCUCAGAACUACACGCGCAACUCACUGGCGGCCAGUCCCGAGGCGGCCGUCCUUCCUCAGGUGUCGCAGUGGAGCCGCUCGGCGCCGCCCGGCAGCGCUCCUCAUCCUCUCACCUCGCUGCCCGGGCCCAACGACAGUGACGCGGCCCCCCGCCUGCUGCAGGAGACCCAGAAGUACCUGAGUCAGCUGACCAGCCUCAUGCAGGAAGCGGCCGACGAGCAGGCCAAAAGCAUGGUGGAUCAAGAUUGGAGUUGGACCAAGUACGAAACGCUGAGCAGCAAAUUAAAGAGGAAUGCGUGAGCGCGGCUGUCACGUCGCCACAAACACUAAUGAGGACCUUUGACCCCAAGAGGCGGUGUAGAUUUUCUUUGACGUUCACGUGACGUGCUUCUCUUUUCACGGUUAAAAAAAAAAAAAAAAAAAAGGCGCGGAUUGGAUGUUGGACAGGAAGUCACAAUCGCAACUGCACUUUGUAGCCUGCUUGAAGCGAUCAGUUGAACCCAAACGUUCGUUAACUGACUGAUGACUUUGUGCUGGGACCAAACUCACUCGUAGCGGUGUGUGUGUGUGUGUGUGUGUGUGACACACACAAAGAAUUCAACACAACACACAAAUGUCAUUUUAAUUUAACAACUGAUGUUUGUAAAGGUGGAAUAAAGAUGAAUCGAUA